AUGAUCAGUGCGUUUACUGCAAUUAUCAUUUGUUUGGUAUUAAUACCUGCUAUACCACUUGGCAUAUACGCUAUUGGCCUCUUGUUGCCUAGUAGUCAUAUCGUGUCUCGUACAGCAAAAUACAACACAACGCCUCAUAUUCUGUGGACCAUCUUGACCAGUGUAGAGGACUAUCCUGCUUGGCGUUCCAACAUUGACCGAGUGACAGUAAGAAGAGACGAGUUUGAGAACGAGAUCAACCAGUACGAGGAUGACAACCGCCUUACAUUCGUUGAAUAUACCAAAAAAGAUCGACGCACUGUCGUCAUGCAUAUUGAACAAGAGCGCGAGAGAAAACUAUUACGGGUAUUGGAGGAGAGACCUUACAUCACACCAGGAGAACAGGUGCCACAGAGAAAAUCAACAUUCAGCGGCUCGUGGACAUUCUUGAUUGAGCCUGUUGAAGGCGAGGAAAAAGCAGUGUAUCUCAAAAUUACAGAGCAAGGUGUGAUCAAGAAGCCCAUGGUGCGUGUAUCCCACAUGCUUCUGUUUGGAUACCAUCGCAGAAUUGAUCGAUUUAUCAAGGACUUGGGCAAGGAAAUUGACCUGGGUAUUCUUGAGAGACAAGAAGAAGAAGAAGAAGAAGUUGAAGAAGAAAAAACGCCUUUACUUCAACAGCAGCAACAAGAGGAAGAAUUCGAAGCUGGGCCUGAUGAUAGCAUGAUGCAACUCUCCUCAGCCAUUACUGAAUCAAAGAUGCUGGACAAGGAAUGGGACAUGGUGAAUGAGGUUUACGAGAAAAAGUAA